CUUCCAUCAAUAAAGAGGAUUGGAUUGGCAUGUGUGCAUGGCCUAAAUGUGCUCUGUCUCUAUCAGCUGUGGGGAUGUUUUUCAGCGGCAGGAACUGAAAGGCUAGUCAGGAUUGAGAGAAAGAUAAAUGUAGCAGAAAAUAGAAAAUAGAAAACCUCCUCCAGAGUACUCUGCAUCUUAGACUGGGGUGAUGGUUCAUCUUUAACAGAACAACGACCCUAAGCAUACAACAAAAAUAACAAAGGAGUGGCUAUAGGACAACUCUGUGAAGUGGCCCAGCCAGAGUCCAGACCUGAACUCUAUCGAACAUCUCUGGAGAGAUUUAAAUAUGACUGAGCACCGAUGCUCCCCAAUCCAACCUGAUGGAGCUUGAGAGAUACUGCAAAGCUUGUAUGGAUAAAGUGUCCAAACACAGAGAAAAACUCCUGCUGAAGCGACUGAUCUCCACACUGUUAUAAAGAUGGCGUUUAUUAAAGAGGAGAGUGAAGAUGUGAGGAUUGAAGAAACAUUCAGAGUCAAACAGGAAGAUCUGCAGGAACAAACAGAGCUGAUGGUGCUGAAAGAAGAGGCUGAUGAACUGAAUGAAAGGAAAGAGAAACACCAAGACACAACGACUGAUGAAAUACCCACACUAGCUAAGAAGACUUCAUCACGCGGGAGACCUCGGAAAUCCAAAUCUGAGUGUAUUUUCGCUUGUCAUCAAUGCGGAACCAGUUUCAAUCGAAAACACAACCUUAAAGUCCACAUGAGAGUUCACACCGGGGAGAAACCUUACACCUGUGAACAGUGCGGGAAGAGAUUUGCUAAAGUUCAUGUGUUUAAUGCCCACAUGAAAAUUCACACUGGAGAGAGGCCGCACACAUGCCAACAUUGUGGGAAAGGCUUCUAUCAUACAGGAAACUUUGCAGUACACAUGAGAACUCACACUGGAGAGAGGCCCUACACAUGCACAGAGUGCAGUAGAGGUUUCAUAUGUAAGAGCACACUCAAAUACCACAUGAUAAGUCACGCCAAAAAGAAGCCGUUUCCUUGCGAUCAGUGUGGAAAGGGCUUCACAACCAAAGCUAGCUUCAUGAACCACAUGAAUUAUCACACUGGAACCAUCGUGUUCACAUGUGAUCAGUGUGGAAAGAGUCUCGCACGCAAAGACUCCAUUAAGCAACACAUGAAAAAUCACUCAAGAGAGCAACGUUUUCGAUGCAGUGAGUGUGGAAAGGACUUUAAACAUAAACGAAGCCUCAGCACUCAUAUGAAGCUUCACAAUGGAGAGCAGAGUCCUCAAAAUUGAGGGCUUGUCCACACAAACGCGGGUGUAUUCAAAGCGGCAGCUUGUUCUUGUCGUUUAGCUGUUCAUUCCUAUACAUGUCAAAUUAGUGAGAAUGAAACCCUUCAAACACCUGAAUAUAUAAACUCAAUAACCGAAGAGGGGUGAAUAUUUUUAGUAAUCGUUUUGUAGUGUAGAUCAGGGCUCACAAGACCAGGCUGCAAGAUUGCAAAAUAAUGAGUUUCAGCUUUAUUAUGAACCGAUAUUUGUGCACACUUGCAAAUUGUUUCUGGAUUUGCCAGUCAAAUGGUCAGCACUGAAAAGAAAAAAGAUUAGAGAGGAGGAAAUAUUUGGGGAGAUGCAGGGAACAAUUAAGUAUUGUUAAUUAAGGACAGGUCCAGAAAUUUAACAUAAAUAUUUGCGAGUCUCGGCAACAAGUCACCUACACCCUUAAGGCCCGUGCACACCAAGACGUAUUUUGCUCAUGUUUUUUGUCGACGUUUAACGUCUCGUGACUAAAUAAAGGGCGUCAAUGUAAUCGUGCACACCAACGCGCAAAAUACCAGGUGCAAAAGUGUAAUUUAAAAAAAAAAACGCAGACGUUUAACGCCUGGUGACUAAAUAAAGAGCGUCAAUGUGAUCGUGCACACCAACGCGCAAAAUGCCGGGCGCAAAAGCGUCAUUUUUUCAAAAAUAAACGCUGACGUUUAACGCCUUGUGACUAAAUAAAGGGCGUCAAUGUGAUCGUGCACACCAACGUGCAAAAUACCAGGCACAAAAGCGUCAUUUAAAAAAAAAAACGCCGACGUUUAACGCCUCGUGACUAAAUAAAGGGCGUCAAUGUGAUCGUGCACACCAACGCGCAAAAAACCAGGCACAAAAGCGUCAUUUUUAAAAAACGCCGACGUUUAAAGCCUCGUGACUGAAUAAAGGGCGUCAAUGUGAUCGUGCACACCAACGCGCAAAAAGGCAGGCGCAAAAGCGUAAUUUAAAAAAAAAAAAACGCCGACGUUUAACACCUCGUGACUAAAUAAAGGGUGUCAAUGUGAUCGUGCACACCAACGCGCAAAAUGCCAGGCACAAAAGUGUCAUUUUAAAAAAAACACCGACGUUUAACGCCUCGUGACUAAAAGGGCGUCAAUGUGAUCGUGCACACCAACGCGCAAAAUACCAGGCACAAAAGCGUCAUUUUUAAAAAAACGCCGACGUUUAAUGCCUCGUGACUAAAUAAAGGGCAUCAAUGUGA